CCCGCCGCUGCCCGUGAAUGACGUGUGGGAUUACGAGUUUUCGCGCCAAAACGCGUCUUACUUUUCGAUGUAUCCAAUUUGAAUUUCGCUUAACAAAUCAGUAAAAGUUUUGGUGUAUUUUUUGUUUCAAGUGGUCUGAAGGGUUUGAAGUGAGAAGUGUUGUGUUUUUCUAACGACGUAAUACAUCUACACACCACACGAUCUCAUGCGGAGAUUUAUCCACGGCUGAAGUGUUCAGACAACUUGAAGUGUCGCAGUGGUGAAUCGAUUAAAAAGUGUUAAAUAGUGUCAAAUCGAUUAAAAAACGACCAUAAGCAAAUUGUGUUCGAAAUUUAAAUAAAAACUGCCAGUGUUUAAAAGGCGCCAAAAUCUGUUCAUAAUUCGAAUUUCAACUAUUAUACGAAAGUGUUGUGCAGUGCGGCAAUUAAUUUCCCGCGGUUUUGUAUGAUGAGCGGGGAGUAUGGGUGAUCUCCAAGUACAUAAGACCUGCGUGCGGGUGAACUCCGCUGACGAUGAAGAGUCGCGGGAUGAAGUCGACGCCGAGCUGCCCAAGAAGAAUCCCUUCGUCAGGGGUUCGGACCCUCGCGUGGCGACGUGCCGCGGCCGCCUGCAGACCCGCCGCUGCCAGCUCAACCAGGAGAUCAACAAGGAGCUGCGCCUGCGCGCCGGCGCCGAGAAUCUAUUCAAGGCCACAACCAACAGGAAGCUUCGGGAGACUGUGGCGCUGGAGCUGAGCUUCGUCAACUCCAACCUGCAGCUACUGAAGGAGCAGCUCGCAGAACUCAACUCCUCGGUGGAACUGUACCAGAACGACAGCAAAGAAUGCCUGAUGCCGAUGGUGCCGCUGGGUCUAAAGGAGACGAAGGAAGUGGACUUCCGCGAGCCGUUCAAGGACUUCAUCCUGGAGCACUACAGCGAAGACGCUGCGGCGUAUGAAGACGCUAUAUCCGACUUUAUGGAUACAAGACAGGCGAUGCGAACGCCAGUGCGUGGCGCGGCGGGGGUGACGCUGCUCUUCAAGUACUACAACCAGCUGUACUACAUCGAGCGGCGGUUCUUCCCGCCGGACCGCUCGCUCGGCGUCUACUUCGAGUGGUUCGACUCGCUCACAGGGGUCCCGUCGUGCCAGCGAACAGUGGCUUUCGAGAAAGCUUGUGUCUUGUUCAACAUUGCUGGCAUUUACACGCAAAUUGGGGCUAAACAGGACCGCAAGAGCAGCGCGGGCCUGGACGGCGCGGUGGACGCGCUGCUGCGCGCGGCGGGCGCGCUGCGCUACAUACACGAGAACUUCACCAACGCGCCCUCCGUCGACCUCGCCGCCACCACGCUGCUCGUACUCGGCGCGCUCAUGACCGCGCAGGCCCGCGAGUGCCUGGUGGAGAAGCUGCGGCUGCAGGCGCGGGAGGCGAGCGCGGACCUGCGCCGCGACUUCGAGCUGUGCCUCGACCUCGCGCAGGAGAGCGCGCACCUCGCCAACACUUACUCGCAGCUGCAUGAGAAGAUGCAGACAGAGGGUGUGUUCAGUUACGUGCCAUAUUCGUGGGUGUCGCUAGUCCACGUCAAGACUGAGUUUUACAAAGCGCUGGCGCACGAGUACGCGUGGUGCGCGCUGUCGGCCGCGCCGCGCCCCGCGCACGCCGCCGCGCGCCUGCGCACGCUCUACCGCGCGCCCGCGCCGCCCGCCGCACACGCCGGCAACGGUGCAUCGACAACAGGCACGCAAAAGGAGGAAGAGUACGACUACGCGGCGCUAGCUAGGGCACACCUCGCGGAGGCACUCGCGUUGUACGAAGAGGCACUGCGGCUUCAAAGGAUGUGUCGUGAGCUUCGCGGUAAAGAAGCGCUAUCAAUCGUAGUUCGUGUGAGGGUGGAGCGGCUGUCGAAGGAACGCGCCGCGGCGGACGAGCGGCCCGACUUCACCGACCUACUCGACGCACCCGCCGUGCAGCCAUCAUCAAAGUUCCAACUGGCGCUCACGCCUCCAGACUUCUCCCAAUACAGAGUGGACGAUCUGUUCAAAUCGCUCGGUCCUAUCGCCGUCUUCUCAGCCAAGAGGCACUGGAGUGCCCCACGUCUAGUCCAGCUCCAAAAACACGACUCCAGGAGACACAGGCACCUCAGGGACGAUGACGAGAAAAUAAGAUCAAGGAACAGCGAGAAACGAGACAGAUCGGAAGACAACAGCACAUACUACAACCAGAUAAUCAGAAGCGACGAGAAAUACACAGAUGAUUACGAGAAAAAGAACAGAGUUACGAAACAAAAUGGGAUUUAUAUACACAGUUAUAAUAAUAACUUUGAAUACCAUCCUAAAGUGUUGGAUUACGAUCAUAAAUAUGAAUAUAGGAAGGGGGAGAAAGAGAGGGGGGAAAAGAAAGGGAGGGAGAGGCGGAAGGAGCCUCUGAGGAGGGCAGCGAGCGAGUACAACAUGUCAUCGAGGGACGAGGAAGGGUUUGGCUUCUCUGUGAGAGGAGAUGCCCCGGUGAUUAUAGCUGCAGUGGAGCCCAACUCCUUAGCUGAUAUCGGCGGGAUGCGUGAAGGCGACUUCAUAAUAUCUAUCGGCGAUAAGGACGUGAAGUGGAGCUCUCAUGAGGAGGUGGUGCGACUGAUCCAGCAGGCAACGGAUACGCUCACCAUGCGUUUAGCCACGCCAAUGGACAAGAGUAGUCUUAAGGCAUCUCCUGAAUCCCCGAGGCAAUCGAACUCCAACCAAGGCUCGGUGUCGGCCGCCUCCACAGCGUCGAGCGGCUCCACCGCGGUCACGGCGCGGUCCUCGGCGCGGAGGGCGCCUUCCUGGAACCCGUUCCGGCGCCACACCGCGCGCGACAACAGCUCGCAUCGCGGCUCGCACACCAACGUCAUAUUUAGAUAAGCGACAUCUAUCGACGGAUGUCUCAUUCCAUUUCGUUUCAACGCCAUCUAUCCGCUCAGCUAUGAACUAUACCAAAUAAAAACAUUCCGUUCCAAGUUUCAUCUCGAAACUGUUAUCAAGACUUAGUUAAGUAUUCAGCGCCAUCUGUUAUUCAUUUCCCACGGUAUUAUAGGGUCUCAAAAUGAGGUUUUGGUAUAGGUGUGUAUUAAUCGGUGAACAGUCUCACGGCAUUCGCAACUAUUAUAUAUUUAGGUUCCUAAAUAUAUAAUUAGAAUUUCGGGACUUUAAUCUUGGCUAUGAUGUUCCAAAGUGUUUGCCCUCACUUUAAUAUAUUUAUAAAUUAACAAACCGCCAUCUAUUGGAGAAGUUGGUAAACUGUUUUAUCUAAAGGCAUUUUACAUACGUAUGUUAACCUUAAUCAUAUUUUAUUUGUUUAUUUAUAAUGUUUUCUUCUUUAAGAAUAACCAACAUAUACUAUGUAGUUAUUCAAAUUAUCUCAAACUGUCACAUCUUUAUUUCAUACAAAAGACGUGCACAGUAAAAUUAACGAAUUUGUUAUAUUUUUGUUGAAUUUUAAACUUUUCCAAUUAUAAUGGAAACCACUUACUUUUAUGUAUAAACUUAUAUUAUUGUUAAGAGAAUGCGAUACCCGCCUGGAUAUAAUUGUAUAGUAGAAUAAAUUCGAUAAAAAUAUUUAUUUCUUGAUGAAUUCUUCAUAAUAUUAUUUUCCACAUUACAGCCAUUUAUAUUCUUUAACAUUGUUGAUCAACUCCAUCUAGCGGCAGUUGAAAUCAACGUAAGUUUUUGUUAAAUGUUUAACAUGUAUGUAUGAUAUUUUGUUUAUUAUGUCACAAAUAAUAUAAGUCAUUAAAUUUUGGUUGUGAUCGAUUUAAAAUUUUAAUAUGAAAUGUUUCAUAUUGAUCGCACCCAAAAAUUCUAACCUCAAAAUCUAUUUUGGCGGGAAGACACAUUUCGUCAGAAAAUACGUGAAACUGCAAAAAUUAUACUAAACAUGGUUUUUAAACAUUUUGCACUUAAUUUGUAGACUGAUACAUAUACGUAUGUUGUAAAAAGUAUGUACUUAAUAUAUAGUUGUAUAUCGGUGUAAAUUCUACGAGAUAAAUAUCAUGAUUUGUAUAAAUUGUUAUGGUUAUAUACGCGUACUUUUAAAAUAAAGUUUUAAAAAUA